AUGGAGGAAAAUAUAGAGAAAAGAAUAUGCGUCGAACAGCUUGCAAUAGAGGAUCUGAUAAGCAAAUUACCGGAGGUUUUGCUAUCUCAGAUACUCUCGUAUCUUCCGACAAAGGAUAUUGUCAGGACAAGUGUUUUGUCCAAGAGGUGGAAAAGUGUCUGGCUUUUGAUUCCCGGGUUGGAUUUGGACUCUAGUGAGUUCCCACAUUACGAUACCUUUGUGGAUUUUAUGAACGAAUUCCUAUUUUUCUCUAGGGAAGAGAAUCCAUGCUUGCACAAGCUCAAGCUAAGUAUUCAGAAGAAUGAGAAUGAUCCGUCUUGUGUCACGCUAUGGACAGACUGUGUGGCUAGGGGUAAACUUCAGCAUCUUGAUGUUGAGUUUGGUGGUCGCGUAAUGGAGCGUGAGUUUUGGGAAAUGAUGCCCCUAAGCCUCUAUAUCUGUAAGACGCUCCUUCACUUGAGACUCUAUCGGGUAUUGUUGGGUAACUUUGAUCAGUCUGUUGAUUCUUUACCUAGUCUCAAGAGCAUGUGUUUAGAAGAAAAUGUAUAUUCUAAUGAGGCGAGUCUGGAGUCGCUUAUCUCGUCUUGCCGCGUUCUCGAAGAUUUGACCAUUGUUAAGAUAGAUGAUAACGUAAGGUUUUUACGAGUGCAUUCUCAAUCAUUAACCAGUCUAAGUGUAGGAUAUAAAUCAUAUUAUCCUGGUGAGAUAUAUUAUUAUUAUGAUAGAGAUAGAGGGAACUCGGGACUUGUGAUUGAUGCCCCUAGACUCAAGUAUUUGACUUUCAACAAUGACCAAUCGAAAAGUAAAACCAUAAGCAAUUUAGGUUCCUUAGUUAAGGUCACUAUUCUUGGCCCCAUAAAGAUUUCAAGGGUAGUGGGCUGUACGGAGCAACAAAUGGCCCAUAAGUUUCUCACGGGCAUCUCAAGAGUUAGGUAUCUCAUCGUCUCUGAAGAUAUGAUGGAGGUCAUCAGUUCCUACUUGAAAGAAGAUUCAUUGCCACAGUUUGGCAACUUGUCCUAUUUGAAAGCAAGUGUUUGGUUAUCAUCCUUUGACUUCCUGGACAUCCUGCCAAAGCUUCUUGAAAGCUGUCCGAAUCUAAAAUCCAUCGUCUUGGAAACAACUUGUAUAGUUGAUCGUACGAAAGCUACGGUAGAAAGGAGAGUCUCGUCUGUGCCUGAGUGUUUGUUGUCAUCGCUGGAGUUUGUAGAGAUAAAAAACAGAAUCUCGGUAGAUGAUGGUGCAUUGGAAGUUGCAAGGUACUUUGUAGAGAACUCUGUGAAUCUACAGAAAGUUGUUCUGCGUUUGGCAUCUUCCUUUCUAAGACGAGGAAAUCAAGCUGUCUUGAAGGAUAUCCUUGAAUUGCCGAGGCGAUCUAGCAUGUGUCAGAUCGAAGUCUUUAAUGCGCUAAACGGCCAUGCUCUUUGUUUUCGCAAAAACAAAAUAACCGGCCGUGUUUUCUUAGACUAUUUUGAUGUUGCUGAAUCCUAUUAUGGUGCCAUUGUGAGUUAA